CAAUUCAAUUCGAUUCCCCCUGCCCCGAACCGAGCCCGAGGUGCGUGCGCGCGCGUCGCCCCCCACCUCUUCCCCUCCUCGCCGCUCUCCCCUUCCGCCGCCGUGGGGAGGCAGGCAGGUCGGAAGAGGCGGAGGAGAUCGGCGGCGCCGACGCCACCCGCCGUCCAGCCUCAUCAUCCCUCCCCGCGAACUAGGCGCAGGCUGAGGCAGGGAGGCGGCGGCGGGAGGUUUUCCGGCGAGCGGAGGGUGGUCGGGGAUGGGGCUCAACGGCGCGGUGUCGGGGAUGGUGUCGAGGAAGGUGCUUCCGGCGUGCGGUGGGCUCUGCUACCUCUGCCCUUCGCUGCGCCCCCGCUCCAGACAGCCCGUCAAGCGCUACAAGAAGAUCAUCGCCGACAUAUUCCCCUCAUCACAGGAAGACGAACCGAAUGAAAGGAGGAUCGGGAAACUGUGCGAGUAUGUUGCUAGAAACCCCCAGCGUGUGCCAAAGAUCACAGAUUACUUGGAGCAAAGGUGUUACAAAGAGUUAAGAAGUGAGCAUUAUGGCUAUGCAAAAGUAGUUGUGCUAAUAUACCGCAGGCUAUUGGUCUCUUGUAAAGAACAGAUACCGUUACUUGCAAGUAGCUUAUUAAGCAUCAUACAAACACUUUUGGAUCAAUCAAGGCAGGAUGACAUGCGCAUCAUUGGCUGUGAAGCCUUAUUUGAUUUUGUUGUCACUCAGGUGGAUGGUACGUAUCAGUUCAAUUUGGAAGAACUUGUUCCAAGACUCUGCAAACUUUCUCAAGUAGUAAGGGAGGAUGAGAAGGCUAACGCACUCCGUGCAGCUGCCUUGCAAUCUCUUUGUGCUAUGGUCUGGUUUAUGGGUGAGCUUUCUCAUAUUUCGUCAGAGUUUGAUGAUGUUGUCCAAGUAGUAUUGGAAAGCUAUGAGCCCCAGAAGGUGCAAAAUGACAAUAGAGCCACUGAAAAUCCAGGUGGUCAUUGGGUGGAGGAAAUCCUUAAAAUAGAGGGUCAUGCCGCUUCAACUCCAUUUACCAUCUCUACUAUACCUUCUUGGAAGAGCAUAGUUAGUGAUAAUGGAGGAAUUCAUCUGCCAAUGGAAGAUGCCAAAGAUCCUAGUUUUUGGUCAAGAAUCUGUGUGCAUAACAUGGCCACGCUGUCCAGGGAGGCAACCACAUUCCGCCGUGUUAUGGAUUCCCUAUUUCGGCACUUCGAUAAUACUAAUUCAUGGUCAUCCACGAAUGGACUUGCACUUUGUGUUCUAUUGGACAUGCAAAUGUUCAUGGAAAACUCAGGGCAACACAUUAAUUUGAUGAUAUCAAUACUAGUAAAGCAUCUUGAACACAAGGCCAUACUGAAGCAACCUGAGAUGCAACUCAGCAUUGUGGAAGUGAUAUCUGCUCUCGCAGAACAAUCAAGAGCUCAAGCUUCAGCAGCAACCAUUGGUGCCAUAAGUGAUCUUGUGAGGCAUAUGAAAAAGACGCUGCAUGUUGCUCUUGGCAGCAAAGAUUUGGAGGUUGUAAAGUGGAAUGACAAACUCCGGAAGGCUUUUGAUGAAUGCAUAGUCCAGCUGUCAAAGAAGGUAGGUGAUGCUGGACCAGUUCUUGACAUGAUGUCGGUGAUGCUAGAGAACAUAUCACGCACUCCUCUUGUUGCUAUAGCAGCAACCUCUGCUGUUUAUCGCACAGCUCAAAUAAUCGCUUCUAUACCAAAUUUGUCGUAUAAGAACAAGGUAUUUCCAGAAGCACUUUUUCAUCAAUUACUCUUGGCAAUGGUUCACCCUGAUCAUGAAACCCGUGUUGCUGCACACCGCAUAUUUUCUGUUGUCAUUGUCCCAUCUUCUGUUUCUCCCUUUCCCAAUUUGAAAUCCCCAGAUCAGCGUAGAAAACAUGAUGUUCAGAGGACACUCUCGAGGGCUGUAUCUGUCUUCUCAUCUUCAGCUGCUUUGUUUGAUAAGUUGAGAUGGGAGAAGAACUCCUUUAGAGAAAAUGCACAUGAAGGAAGCAUGAACAGAAUUUUGCAUGGUAUUGACAAUAAAACUGCUGCUCCCAAUGACUUCCAAGGCUCACGAAGCUUGAGGCACAGCCUCGAAGUUUCUUCAGCUUCUCGGAAAUAUUCUUCUACAUCCUUAAAGGAAAGCCAAAACUCAUUGACUGAGUCAACCAAUGACACGGAAUCAACUGUGUUAAGACUAAGCAGCCAUCAGGCCACACUUCUGCUCUCAUCUAUUUGGGCUCAAGCGAUUUCUCCAAAAAAUACUCCUCAAAAUUAUGAAGCUAUCGCUCAUACUUAUAGUUUGCUUCUAUUAUUUCUGGGAUCAAAGGCAUCUAUUUUUGAGGCUCUUUCUCCCAGCUUUCAGAUUGCAUUUUCUUUACUGAGCUAUUCACUUGGAACAGAUUCAUUGCCACCAUCCUGCCGUCGAUCCUUGUUUACUCUGGCUACAUCCAUGAUUGUUUUUGCUUCAAGAACUUUCGAUGUGGCACCUCUUUUGCCAAUUUGUAAAUCAAUGCUCAAUGAUGGAACAAUGGAUCCAUUCCUUCGUUUAGUACAUGAGAACAAACUUCAGGUUGUGAAGGAUUAUCUAGAAGACCCAUCAAAAUCCUAUGGCUCAACAGAGGACAAUGAAAAUGCCUUGAGGUCUAUUUCAGCAGUAGAACUAACAGAGAGAAACUCUCGAGAAUCCAUGGUCUCUGCAAUUGUGAAUUCCAUAGCAUAUAUACCAGAUGCAGAGUUAGAAGAUAUAAGAAGUCAACUGCUAACUGACUUCUCUCCUGAUGACAUGUGUCCAACUAGUGCUCACUUUUUUGAAUCACCUGGCAAAAAUUCAGAGUCAAGGCCUGGUGAUGACGCUGACUAUCAAGAGGCCGAACUUAUCGAUGUGACAAAUGACAACUAUACAUUUGCGGAAGUCUCUGCAACUAAACCAACUGCUACAGACAUUCCUGCGAUCACAACAAAUCUUUUGAGUAUUGAUGAACUUCUAGAAACAGUGGUCAAUGACACAUCAUCUGAGACCCAAAGAUGCUCAGCACCAGCGGCCCCAGACAUCCCAUUCCAGGAGAUGACUAGCCACUGCGAGGCCCUUUCUAUGGGAAAGCACCACAAGAUGUCUGUCCUCAUGAGCUUCAAGAACAACAAGCAAGCGCCCAUCGUGCCAAACAAUCAGAUUAACCACGUCGAAGCAGGCCAUACCUCUAACAACCAGAACACGAACCCGUUCCUGCAGCAGAGCCUGGAUGGCUACCCGCAGAGCAUGGCUGCCGGCGAGUUACAGGAUGCUGCCGGCGUCCAGCAGCAGCAUUUCCUGAGGCUGCCGGCGUCGAGCCCGUACGACAACUUCCUCAAGGCUGCUGGCUGCUGAUUUUCGCAUGCAGAAACCCCCUCCGUGUAACUGAAGGUAUAUGUAACAGUGUGGAUGCUGAGUUUGCUGCUGAUGGGUCACAGGCAAAAGUUGCCAUUUUGCUGCUGUUUGGCUGUAUCCGUGUGACUUCAGUAAAGGGAAAGCGAAAAAGGAAGCGCACCCAACCCACCGCGCUCAUUGCCGUGUGCUGUGUAUUUGUAAAAGAAACCUGCCAUCGUCGAACUUAUAUACAAUCUAAGGGGAUACGAGGUGUUAAA